CAGGACGUAAAAUAUGCAUUUGGUAGUAGAAUUACAAAAACUUUGGAUAUAAAUGUGCUAGUUUAAAAAAAUGUUGCAGUCUUAAAGUUCAAUAUCUCCAAUAUAUUGUUACUUGCGUUAAUUUAAACAAUAAAAACUUAAGAUGACGCGUUUUAUAGCAAUUCUGAUAUGGAUUUCAUACAUUGUUGGUUCAAAUUUUUGUGAAGCGUCAUGUUUCCGACUUCUUGGCGGAGCUCGAGAAAGCGAAGGUUUGCUGCAGAUUAAUGUGAGUAACGCCUGGAAAAACGUUUGCUUCAUUGACGGUCUAAAACAGCACGAACUUAACUUGUACGUCUGCAAACAAAUUAACAGUUCCAGCAGAUUUCAGAGUGGGGUCAGCAUAAACGGGCCAUUGAUUUAUAGGAACAAAACAGGUAAAGGUGGUAUACAGAUGAACAAUCUUACCUGCCAAGCCACAAUGAACGAAACUGACGCUUGUGAAAAGUUUACUAUCUGCUGCCAAAAAUUCGGGGAAACAAUCGACAAACAACUAAGUUCAUGCAGUUCAAAUUGGCUGGAGACUGAAUUCUGCUACUCUGGCAAUGUUGUUGGGAUCCGCAGUUUUCUGAAAUACCUUGAUAAUCAGAACGUUCGAAGAGCUUGGACAAGUUCGGCAUUUAAAGAUGCGUGCCAGAACAACACAAGUCAUUCCGUAUUCACAACGAACAAGUUGAACAAGUGCUUGCGGACAAUUCAUGAGAAUUUGAACAAUACGUACGCAUUGAUAGAGGGCGAUAACUGCAAAUGGACAAAAGUAAUAAUAUGUAAUGAAACAGCGCAAACCUUCGAGUUACUCGAGAACAAAACUGUGAGUAUGGAUGGCCUACAUUGUGUUACAGUGGACGUACAGAAUGGGACCAGGAACUUCUCAAUAGCUCACUGUUCCUCGUAUCUCCCUUCAGUUUGUCUGAAGGUGUCGCGAGAGAAAGAUAAUUACACAGAACGUCCAAACCGAAAAACAACAACUAAGUCAAGAAAUACCAUCCGGAACUUGACUACACCUUCAUGGAAUGAAGAAGAAAAUGUUCGGCCACAAUACGUUAUUAUAGCUAGUGUACCAUUAACCUUCUUGGUUGUCAUCCUUAUUUUGAUAGCGUGUUUUCAAAUCAGGAAGUCUAGAAAAAGAUUGACUGAGCGUCAACGACCAAAUUCUGUCCAUAAUGACACCUACAAUCGUGAAAGAGAUGCUGUAGAAAGAACAGAGGAGAGGUACAAUCGUAUAAGUGACUUUGACCUCACUGACUUUAAACCAGAACUACCUGUCAGAGGUCAAACCAACCAGAUAUCGGUGCUUGAUGAUUAUAGCAUGCCUCCUGACUCAAUCCCGCAGGAGAAGGAAACAGGGGAGUAUUUUGUUACAUAUGACGAUCCCAUUCGAUCAUUAGUUAAGCAACAUAAUGAAGAUAACAAUCAUCUUAGCGAAACAAGAGAUGAAUCUCUUGAAAGAAAAUUUCCAGAUGAUGAACAUGCAUGUUCGUCUACUCACACUGAUGAAUCUUGUCUUGUUUUGAACAAAGGACAAGUUGAAUUUAAUCGUUUUAAGAAGGCUGAGGCAUUUUCAUUGAACAGAACUGCGCGAUUAAAAGAGAACAUAUCGGACAAAACCAAAGAGGCUAAUAAUGUAAAAUGUAAAAUUUCAGAGAAAAAAAUAGUAUCGGAACCAUGCAUUUCUACUCGAUUGGACAACAAUUUGUCCACUGACCAAACAAAAAUCAGCGGUUCUUUCAAUGGAAUUGCAUUACAAAACAGAGUGUCUGUCGAAUCGUCAAAUGGAUACACCGACUGCAUAUCGAAACGUCCGAUAAAGCUUAUAAAGCAGAGUGAAGAUAGUGACGAUUAUGAAGAUACUUCGAAUGUUAAUCCUGAACAAUUUUGCGCAGGUGCAAAACCCAAAGAGCGUUUAUUUGUUAAUCACGUAUGUAUAGACUGCCUGACUCCAGACCAUUUAAAAAAACUUGGAAUCAGGAUAAUUCCAGACAAAAGUGCAUAUACCUUAUACAACUUCUUUAAAAUGUCGAAAAGGUUUUCGGACACUGCACUUGAGCUCUAUGUUAAUACAGCAGAUCUUAAAAGAUCUGAAUGCUCUGAAAUGACUUCAAAGUCAAGAGAUCUAACGAAUGAAGAAGAUAAAAGAAACGAAAACGAUAGGAAGAGCUGCUCUGAAAAUGAACACGACAAGCAGCGAUUAAAGGAAGAAAGGGACUAUUUUAAAUAUCCGCGAAAGUGUUCUCUACGUCAUGCGAAUUCGUAUGAUAUAUUAGGUGCUUUUUCAAAGAGGAACGACGGUAGUCAUUUUGAACAUGUUUAUCAUAAAUUAGCGGAUGUGCGUAUAUGGACACCAAAACAUGUUAAGUGUAGACAUGGAAGACACAAAUCGACGUAGUUCUUGUUAUCAAAUAUGUUGUGAAACCCGGCGGUAUCAUUAGGAUGUUCUUAAAAUCUUUAAGGACAAAACACUUAAUGGAUUUCUGACAUGUUGCAUAAUGUUUUUCUUGUACAUAAAUAAUAUCAGAGUAUUUUUGGUAAUGAGCCUUGAUGGACAGAACGUAUACUUUGACUACUCAAUAAUAAAUAACCAUUAUAAAUCAAA